GACGUCUGACGAAGUCUUCUCACAUAUGGUAAAGUACUCGUCUCGUUUAAACACAGCUUGAACAGGAGUUAAUCUUUUUACAAGGCGACUUUUGCCAAUGGGGAUGAACGGUUUCAACAAGAAAUGCCGUUCAUAUAAUUAAUCAAUAGUUAACCUUUUAUUUUACACAGCAAUGGUUGCAUGACUUAUGAGAAAAAAGACGGUGAAAAAUGAUUACUUUAAGAAUGCCUCACAGCACAUUGUUUUUAACAAUUAUUGAUAGAUCAAGUUUGUUUGUUGUUUUACAUACAGGCCGACCGCGAAGAGGUAGUUAAUCAUCUUCCUUUUGAGAUGAUUUAUGGUUAAUUGGCUUCAGUAAAGGACCCGCUUGCUUAAGGCACGAUCACCAAAAGUAACACCAGUGACGAAUACAAGAAAAGAUAUUUCAGAAAGAUAGUUCAAACGCCUCUACAUCGAGUGUCUGGCGGUGAAAUCAUCUAUUUUUGGUGCGGCCAUCAUUGUCUUUCUGUAAAUUCACCUUGUGAUUAAGGCGAGCUUUUGUGACGGUGUGUAUCUUAUUUCGACUGAUGUCGACUGAGGACAAGAUCUGAAUGCAAAAAGAAUUUCUUCGGAGAAGUUGCGCUAGGGAAAAGCUCGGUAUUUCAAGAUGAUGAUUGUACAACGGUUAACUAUCGUUUUCAUGCUCAUCUACCGUGCAGGAUGUCAUAAUUUUUAGUCAAAUAAACGCAAUUCGAGGAACAACCUUUCGGGAAAAACUGAUCAAGAUAAAAAGCUUGCAGUUCUUACGCGAACUUCAACAAGAAACAAAAUUCUCUGUGUAUCAAAUAUCCCGAUCUCAUGGAUUCAAUUAUUCGCGGUGCAAAAACAGGAGUAAAAGAAUGUGGCGUGCAACUCAGCGGUAAUCGAUGGAAUUGCAGCAACGUUCCGGAUCAUGGAACGCUCUUUGGACCGAUUUUACCAGUAGGUUGUCGUGAGUCGGCGUUCCUCUUUGCUAUCACGUCAGCGGCUGUAGCCCACUCUAUCACUACGGCAUGUAGUUCGGGGCUCCACGCAAGUUGCGGUUGUGGCAGAUCCCUCACAAGGCAGCCGUCUGGGCAAUGGGAAUGGCGUGGAUGUCAUAGCAACGUGAAAUUUGCUGGCAAGCUUACGAAGGAAUUUUCAAACACUCGCGAUUCAAUAAAAGGCAAGGCUGAACGGAAGAAAAUGAACAGGCAUAAUAUUCGAGCUGGAAUAAAGAUUCUUUCCAGUCUUUUGUAUCGUAAAUGUAAAUGUCAUGGAGUUUCUGGUUCUUGCGAUUUAAAAACUUGCUGGAUGCAACAACCAAAGGAUUUUGGCAUCAUUGGAAAACGUCUACUAACAAAGUACGUCUCAGCUGUCGAAAUGGUCAAAACCAAACUUGGUCCACGCGUGCUGCGAGUGAAGAAGAAGAACUCGCGUGGACCAAGACCCUCGGAUCUUAUAUACUAUCAACUUUCCCCGAACUUUUGUGACUCCAACUGGAGACUGGGCACCAUUGGUACUUUUGGUCGGGUAUGCAAUAUAACGUCGACAGGAUUCGACAGUUGUCGGAUACUCUGCUGUGGACGGGGGUAUAAUGUUGAAAUUAUCACUGAGACGGUCAAAUGUAAUUGUAGAUUUCAAUGGUGCUGUCGUAUCGAAUGCGAAAAUUGCAUACAAACGCGCGAGUUGUACACAUGUAAAUGAACUAAAUUGUAUGUAGACUGAACUUUCAGUCUUGAAGCACGUAGUCAUACUUUUGCAUACUUUAAUGAGUUGUUGGUUAAGUACAGACUGCAGAUGAGAUCGAUUAAGAAUGAAGAUUUGAGUUCAUUGAACCAGCUACUCCUGAAGCUGACUAAAAUAAAUCUGCAUUUGGUUACGUA